AAUUCAACGCUAUUUGAUCCAAAUAUUGCAGAGUCAGCACAUGCAUCUGUUAAUAGAGAAGGAACAAAAUUAAAACUUAGAACAGCAAUUAUAAAAAUUGAAAUACAUAAUCAAUUUUCAAUUUCAAAAACAAAUAAAGAUAUUAGUAUAAUACAAAGAAAAUAUAAUGCUAAUAAAAGAAGAGGUAAAAAAAUUACAAGCAUUAAAAACCCAAAAAGUAAACAAAGAAAUGCACCUAUUAAAAAGAAAGCAAAAACUAGAAUUGUUUCAAAAAAUAUUGAAGAAUUAUCUUCAAAUUAUGCUGAAGGCUCAAAAUCAGUAUUUUCAAAAGAAGAAAGAGAAUUAGCUUUAAAAGAAAAAGAAUUGGAUAUCUCUAUUAAAGAAAGAGAAGACUAUUUUGAUUCAAACGAACCAAAAACAAGCACAGAUCCUAUUAGAAAAACUAUAAUAUUAGGACUAAGGAAUGGCAGGUUAUAUAUGGAACAGACUUAG